ACUCACAGAAAGAACCCCAUAAUCCCAAUGGAUUACGUUCCUUCCCUGGAUCUCAUUUCCUCCUUUUUCACGCCGGAUUUGAUCGAGCAAGAUGGAUUCGGGUUCGAGUUUCCCGAUCCGACGUCGGUUCCUUCCAAGCUCAUAUCGUUUCGGAAUUCCGACAUUAGUGAUCGGAAUACGGAUUCGAAAGACGACAGGAAAAGAAAAGGUGACGAGAUCAGUGGCCGAGAAGUGGAAGGAAGUGACGAGAGGUUGAAGAAGAGAAUGAGACAUAGAGAUGUCGAGAGGCAGAGAAGACAAGAAGUCUCGUCCCUUUUCAAGAACUUGAGAUCUCUCUUGCCGCUUCAAUAUGUUAAGGGAAAGCGUUCAUCGUCGGAUCUCGUCUCAGAAGCCGUGGAUUACAUCAAAGACUUACAGAAAAGGAUCAAAGAAUUCGACGAGAAGAAGGAUCAGAUCAAGAAGAUAUCGGAUGGCGAAAACAGAGCAUCUGGGUCUGCAGCACCAUCUUCAACAGAGGCGUGCAGCUCAUCACCAUCAUCAUCAUCAUCAAGCUGUUCUUGCGGUGGUGAAGGCAAAGACAUUGAAGUGGUGAUAAUGCCAUGCCUGGGAGGAGGAGUUGAGAUCGUGAUAAGCUGCUGUUUCAGACACGAGUUCUGUCUCUCGAGUGUUCUUCAAGUUCUUGUCGAGGAAGAAGGGUUUAAUGUCUUUAGAUGCACCUCCGCCACCCUCCAAUCAUCAAGAAGACUCUUGCACAAUAUUUUUGCUCAGGUCGACGGGGGGAGAAACAUCAAUUUCGCAGAGCUUCAAGACAAAAUAAUGAGAACGAGAAGAUAGUUUUGAAUCUAUUUUGAAUGCAUAUAUAUGUAUGUGUGCGUAUAUACAUACACAAAUAUAUAGAGUUUUUUGGACAUUUCGGUUCGGGAAUUUAGUACCGACCCGAUCCUCCCGAAACCGAACCGGACCGAACCGAACCGAAAAACGUUUGGUUCUA